CUGGAUCUUUGAACAGUUCCCAUCCACAUUUCUUCCCUCCUCUCUUUUCUCGUCUUGGCGGAGGACCGCCUCGGCUUCUUCAGCGCUGCUGGAGAUCCUAACGCAGACAAUAAGGCUGCUGCACCUGCCUGGAGGUUCCUGACGGAGGACUGCACAGCCGCUUAAAGGACAACAAAGUUUAGCCGCUAGAAGAUGAAACUGGACAUGUCUCCACACCUCCUGCUGUUUACCCUCUACCUCCUUGUUCUACCGUCGUCCCCGACUCCCCACCAAGAACCAGAUGAUUUCAAGCUUCUCCAGGUAACCAUCCCUACCACUGUGCCUGUGCUUGCCAUGCUGGGGGGUUCACUGACUUUGCCCUGCCUGGUGUCGCUCACCCACCCACCGCCGUCCCCUCCCACUAAUGGGCGCCACGCUGUGUUGUCUGUGCCCCGAGUCAAAUGGAGCGUCCUUAGGCAUGGUCAAGAGACGGAGAUCUUGGUGGCCCGUGGCGACAGGGUGAGAGUCAACGAGGUCUAUAAGGACAGAGCCUCGCUGCUGAACUACGCCUUCUCCCCCGCAGACCUCACCCUGCGGCUGGAGAGCCUGAGGCAGAACGACACUGGCUUCUAUCGCUGCGAGGUGCAGCAGGGGCUGGAGGACGCUGAUGAUGUGGUGCUGGUCAAGGUCAAGGGUGUGGUGUUUCAUUAUCGCGAUGCAUCCAGUCGGUACGCCUUUACCUUUGAGCGCGCCACAGUGGCCUGUGAGGAGAUUGGGGCUGAAAUUGCCUCCCCAGAGCAGCUCCUCGCGGCCUAUCACAGUGGAUACGAGCAGUGUGAUGCAGGAUGGCUGUCAGACCAGUCUGUCAGAUAUCCCAUUCAGAUGCCAAGAGAGGGAUGCUUUGGAGACAUGGAUGGCAUGCCGGGAGUACGGAACUAUGGACUGUUGGACCAUGAUGAGCUCUAUGACGUCUACUGCUAUGUGGAGAAUAUUCAAGGUGAGGUGUUCCAUGGCUCCGCCCCCCAGCGCUUCACCUUCUGGGAGGCUAAGGCCUACUGUGUGAGUCACGGUGCGGAGCUGGCCACCACGGCUCAGCUUUAUGCAGCCUGGAACGAUGGACUGAACCACUGCAGCCCUGGAUGGCUGGCGGAUGGGAGCGUGCGGUACCCCAUUGUCACCCCUAGAGAGCGCUGUGGAGGAGGGGAACCUGGAGUGAAAACCAUCUAUCAAUACAGCAAUCAAACAGGCUUCCCUGAUAUUCUCUCUCAGCACGAUGUCUAUUGUUUUAAAAGUGAUAAUGGCCCUUAUACUGAAUCCCCUCAAGAUGCUCUUGCCACUGAGCCAGAGGACAUUGGCCAAGACAUUGCUUUCCAGGCCACUCAGGACGAUGCCAGCCUGAGUGAAGUUGCUCCAGAAGGGAGGGAGGAGAUGCAACAUCCCCAAACGGCAAAUCCAGUAAACCAGCACCCUGAAAUUCCUUCACAGACUUCAACUCCCCUGUCUGAUCAUGAAGAGACAUUCUCCACUAGUGAGAACUGGGAGCUGAUAAAGAAGGAAAGUUACCCUGAUUCUUAUCAGCCAGCACCUAAAGAAACCCCAAACAAAGAUCACCAAGAGUCUCUUGUAUUUCUGACAUCUUCUCCAAACUUUGAUGCCGGAACCAAUGAGAACACUACACCUGUAACUUAUAUCACAGCAUCAGAAACUGUGAUGCCCACAGAGGGUCACACCCCAGAGACUGUGAGCUUGGAUUGGUUGUCUGUUAAUGUCACGUCUGAAGGUGAUGUGGAGGAAAUUCAUCAUGAGGAGAACGACCUUCCAGUUUCACAAGAGGACUACACAACAGAUGUCUCUUCUGAACCUUUCUCUGUAACUGAAUCUGCUGUUUCAGUAGCACCAGAGGAAAACGCCACUCAUACUGUUGUACAAAUUUCAGCUGAAACAACUUCACCCCAAAAUGAAGACAUUGAUGUUCCUUCCACCUCCAUGUUCCCAGCUCUUGCUGAGAGUUUGACAGAAGAAAUUUCCGGAGAGGGGACUAGUUUAGCUCAGGAAGAGGAAACAAAGGACUCUGUGACUCCUAAUUUUAUGGGAAUUGACAUUUUGUCCACUUCUGUCAUGGUCCCCACUUCUGACUCAGGUUAUACCCUCACACCGGAGCACUCUGAUGUACCAACAGAAUCAGCUCUCCAAUUGAACAUUCAUGAUGAGGAUAUAAACAGCUCUUCAAACACUACAGAAGCUGAUGAUUUAACAGAGCAGAGUGGACACAUCCAUCCAGCAGAGUUACCAAACGUAGAAGUUCCCCUAGUCACAGAUGAGACAUUCCUUGUAUCUACGGACUCUGUAACACAAGUUCCUCUUUCUGUAAAAGUGGAAGUCAGAUCCGAUGAUAGAACAUUCUAUCCAGAAAGUCCCUCUCCUUCUGAGGUUGAACCGUUGGAGGAGAAUCAAGACCCGUUAGAAGAAAACCAAGAGGUCUUCCUCAACACUGUCCCAAAUCCCACAGAGGAUGAUUUAAAUGAGGCGUGGGAUGAAUCCUCAGGAGAAAAUUCACAGAUUAAUCCUGAACUCAAUGCGACAAAUCCGACUCUCUCAGCUGACCACACCAUUGAUGGCAGUGAUGCUCCUCCUCUGACCGAGAUAAAAAUUACACGGAUUCCUGAUCUGAGCCUCACACCCAGGUGGGAGCCGGUGCCUUCAACCCCAACAGCACAGGAGUCUCGCUCUGAUCGGGAAUACAGUGCAGAGCCUCCUGUCAAUGACAAAUCUAAUGAGAUCUCUAAAGAGCAAGAAUUUCCUAGAACACGGAGCAGAACUCAUGCAGUGCAAGGAUCAGAGGGAAGUGCAGGAGAGCCCACCACAGAUGAGCCCCCAGUCCACAUCUGCACAUGGCAUCCUGAAGAAGAGGACAGUUCCCCUGCGGUGCCCACUGCUGAUGUGGAUGUGACUAUUUCUGCUCCCCAUUCAGAUCGAGAAGUUUUUAAAGUCAAUGAAAGGGAGCGCACAGCCUUGGGGGCUGCUCUUCCUGCAGCCAAAGUUCCUGCUGCAACACAAGGAGACUCCUGCCUGGAGAAUCCUUGUCUGAAUGGGGGAACUUGUGUUGAUGGUGAUCCACUAAGGUGCAUUUGCUUGCCUGGUUAUGGAGGAGCCUUGUGUCAAAGAGAUGUGGAGGAGUGUGAGCCAGGUUGGGAGAAGUUUCAGGGCUUUUGUUAUCGUCACUUCAGCAAACGGCAAAGCUGGGAAGCAGCAGAGCAGCACUGUCGGUUGUGUGGUGGACAUCUGCUUUCUGUCAUGACUCCUGAGGAGCAACAUCACAUCAACGAUAAAUACAGAGAAUAUCAGUGGAUUGGACUAAAUGACAGAACCAUUGAGGGAGACUUCCGCUGGUCUGAUGGAAACCCUCUGCUCUAUGAGAACUGGUACAAAAACCAGCCAGACAGCUACUUCCUGUCUGGAGAGGACUGCGCGGUGAUGGCUUGGCACGAUGGCGGUCACUGGAGCGAUGUGCCAUGUAACUACCACCUGUCCUACACCUGCAAGAAGGGUGUCUCGUCCUGUGGAGAGCCCCCUCGGGUCCACCAUGCUCUGGUGUUUGGGAAAAAGCGGUCGCGUUAUGAGACCAACAGCAGGAUUCGGUACUACUGUGAAGAGGGUUUUAUACAGAAGCUCAACCCUGUUAUUAGAUGUCUGCCUGGAGGCCACUGGGAAGCGCCUCAGAUUACCUGCGUGCCAACUCGUACAGUGGAGGGGGAUUCCUCACCUUCCCAGCCUGACCAGCAUGAGGACGUCAUGGUUGCAGCUGCAGAGAAAGCAGCACCACUUUACUGGGAUAUAAAGUGGAAUUCUUAAUGCCAUUUUGUCCUAUAAAGAAAUUAAAAACACAGAUUUCCCCUGAUCUAUGUCUUAAAGACUCUCCUACUGAAUUGCCACAUUAUGGUCGUCUGUGUAAAAGAAAACAACCCAGCUGAAAGUAUUUUGAUCCAAAUAUUUGUCUUACUGUGCUGCAAAGAAUGAAGUUUGUUUUAAAAAAAAAAAGUUAGUGCAAAAUGACCUACAUAUGCUAAUAAACUAGACAGCUACAGUAAAUUUUUUGUCAAAGAAUUAGAAAUGAAGAAAAUUGAUGGACAUUGCAAACCAUGAGAAAAUUAUAAAUGUAAUAAUAAUACAUAAUAAUGGAUCCAAUUAGAAUUACAGCAGAAUGUUUAUUUUUCAUGUAGAAAUUCUUCUUUUUUCCCCCCCAUAUAUCCAUAGGGGAAAAAAAUCCAAUAUUAAAUGAUUAAUAAUCAGAAAUGCAGUAAAUAAAAUUGAGUCUGUUGUGUAAACCAUUGUGACUCAAACACAACAAAUGUAUUUGGAAUUUACAAAUAACAAAAAAUAAGUUAAUCUUUUCAUUCCAAUAGAAAUUUAAUGAUCAAUAUUAUUGGUUUACAUCAUCAGGAAUACUGUUGCUGAAUGUUGUGUUUUGGAUAAAUCUGGAAAUGCUAAAUUAAGACUAAAAGAUUUAAUUUACUCAUUUGCCAUCAUGAUCAUGUGCACUUCAUUUUUAUGCAUUUCUUAGAAAAACAUAUUUUCUCAAAUUUGGAUUUGUUUGCUGUCGUGUUUUUUAUUUUGCACAUUGUGAACUUACUCCCAGAAUCAACAACUCUGACAUCCAUUAAAAAAUGGAGUUGUUUGGUUUGUUCUUUGGAGUUUGAAACUUUUUGUUCAAUAAAUGCAUCCAGCAAAUCUCUGCAAAACAGCAAACAAGUGAACUCUCUUUCCUUCUUAAGUGACUUCUGCAGGCACCUAGUUGCCCUCAAUUGCAUUGAGAGGUAUCAAAUUAUUCAAGGCUGAAAACUAAUGCACACCACACUUUUCACAUUUUUAAUUUGUGAAAAUUAAUUUAAAACCAGCUGUUUUUCUUCAGCUACACAUUUAAGCAUUUCUUUAUGUUGUUCUAAGAAUCCCAAUGAAAUACUGUACUUCAUGUUGAUUUGCUGCCUGAUGCAAAUGUUACCAUUUAUUGUAAUAACUUUGACUUUCAUGUUAGUAAGGUUAUUUUAAAAUCUAAUUUAUGGUUAACUCAUUUAUUAUCUGCUACAUGUUUUUGUUGAAGCAUUGUGUUUCAAGUUAAAGCUGAGUAAAUCAGUGUACUUUGGUAGAACAGGACCUUUGAAAACAGUUGAAUGUGGUCAAAACUCAGUUUAGCAGUACAAUAUUACAGAAAUGUCACUUGUUCUGUGUAACCUAACAGUCUGAACUACCAGAAUUUGUGUAAUGCAUGGAGUUUCUUAGCAGGCCAAAUGCUAAAUGACUCACAUCUCUUCUAGCAUUCUUAGAUGUUUAUGUUUAGAUGUUUAUGCUUAUGUUUUUUUUCUCGUAGGAAUGAAACACAUGUGUUUAUUUUCACGCUGGAGUUCUGAAGAACUGAUGCAUAUCAGGCCAGUAGGAGUUAUCUCUUUGUCUGGAUAACAGACUGUAUUCUGACUAAUGUUUGCUUUGUGUUUGAACUUGCUAACAUGGUUACCUGAUCCAGAAAUCUGGUCCGCCAGUACCAGAUUAAAUUCACAAUGUCAAACUCAUGCUGGUUAUCACACCUGAAGGAAACUAUGGCUGCUAGAAUAAACUCCAGAUCUGGCAGCACAACUUUUCUUCUGCUGCAGGGAAUAAUGGGCAUAAUGACAAAGCUAGAUGAUUCAAUAAAUCAUUGAUUUUUAAAAUGCAAUUCAAACUUUGUUUAGAUAAAAGUACCAACAGUACACAGAGCAGACAGUAGUGAACCAUGUGAUUGUUCUUGCGAACUUUGACUCUUCUUGUCUUUUGGUGCUUUUUUAAAUUCUGUUUUCCUUCAGACUUUAUAGUGUCUACUUUAAACCUUUUAUCUCACUAAUAUGGAGGAUUUUUUUUAGCCAUCAGCCUUUGUGUUCUUUAUUCACUUGCAGUGAUGUAAUACCUGUUAAGUUUCUUUAGGGUUGAGGUUCUGACUAUAAUGGGACAACUUUUCCUCAUUUCGAAAAAGCACAUAUUCUGUAUCAGAUGCAAGUAUUGCUCACAUAAUUAUUUUCUUAAUAUUAGAGAAAUGCUGUAAUACAACAAUAAUAAAGAUCAUGUUGAAUGUUUGUUUAAUUAAUGAAGGGACAAUGAAGUCUACCUAAAAGCAAUGAAAAGGCAAUAAUUUUGCAACAUAACUGGAAUUUAUACUGUUAAUCGUUGUCGAUUGAUUUUAACUCUAUGAAAAUGAAAAUGAUUAAAAUUGCUGUGAAGAAAUA